AUGCAUUAUCUCUCGUCGUCAUUGAAAAGCCGCGCGCUCGAGACCAUCGCGAACAUUGCGAUUACUGCGGAUAAUUUUCAGGUCGCGUGGAACACCUUAAAGGCUCGUUUCGAAAAUAAACGACGCCUCCUCACUAAUCACCUGUCCACGUUGCUCGGCCUGUCGGCACUCAGUCUCGAAUCUGCUUCCGAUUUACAGACGUUGUACGAUAAAAUAAAUAUCGCAGUCUCAUCUUUAAGAAAAUUGAAUCGAUCUCCGGAAGAUCUAUGGAACGACUUUCUCGUUCAUCUUUUGACUCAAAAAUUAGAUGCUGCGACACGUAAAGCGUGGAAUCUCCAAACGAGCAAUGUCGACUCGCCGCCUGCGUUCGCAGAUCUCAAAAAAUUUGUAACCUCUCGUAUUCGCGCGCUUAAGGAGUGCUCGUCGACCUCCUCUCAUAAACCUGCGUCAAAAUCUGCGAAUUCACCGCAUGUCAAUGUCGCCACGGCUUCCGUGAAUUCUCCGUCGGCCUGUCCGCUUUGCAAAGCGCGUCAUUAUUUGAAUCUGUGCCCAGAAUUCGUCGCGAAGAAUCCGCAGCAACGACAAGAAAUCGUUAAACGUUUCAAACGUUGCUUCAAUUGCAUGAGUAGCAAUCACUCGGUACGGGAUUGUAAAAGUAAGUACGCGUGCCGCUUUUGCAAUCAGAGGCAUCAUUCAAUGCUUCACGUUGAUGCGGAGACAAGCUCUGAUUCAACGACGAUAACGCCAUCGGCGUCGCAAGCGUCCCAAUCAAGCACACCGAAGGUCGAGGUACUUUUGCUAUUUGCCGCCGCGCAACAAAGUCGUAGUUCACAAGUUUUCUUAGCCACUGCAUGGAUUAGGGUGAAAGUUUCCUCCGAUCGCGCAGCGACGGUAAGAGCCCUGCUCGACCAAGGCUCUCAAGCCACGUUCAUAUCAGGGCAUUUAGCUCAAUCCUUGUACGCAACACGCAUUCGGAUGUCGAUCUCAAUUUCGGCCGUCGGCGGCACUCACGUAGGUAAAGUACGCCACGCGGCAUCAAUCAUAAUCGCUCCGCGCGAUUCAGACAAUCCAUCUCUGUGUACCACUGCGUAUAUUCUCGAUUCCUUGACGGCAUACACGCCUCGAUGCGAUGCCGAUUCAUCAUGCCUCGCACAUCUCUCCGAUUUAGCCUGGGCAGACACGAACCCGAGCAGUUCCGAUCCAAUUCACAUUUUGAUUGGCGCGGAUAUCUAUAACGAUAUUAUUCAAGGGGGCGUCCGAAAGGGUGAAGCUGGACAGCCUAUCGCGCAAGAAACGAUAUUUGGAUGGGUCAUUUCCGGGCCGCUAGUGUCGGAUGCUAAUUCGCCGGCGGGACGAUCCUCCGUUAAUAUUACCGUACUUCAUUGCACAAGUUUAAGGCCUCUCGCCGAGGAAGUUCAACGUUUUUGGGAAGUAGAGGAGAUCUCUCACACCCGCAAACUCACACCGCAAGAUGAGCAGUGUGAGUCUCACUUUUGCGAUACUCAUUCGCGUCAAUCUGACGGCAGAUAUAUCGUGCGUUUGCCGUUUAAACGGAGUCCUCCGCCGGAAAUCGGGCGCUCGCGAUUGACUGCCGAACGCCUUUUCAAUUCAUUGUCACGGCGGUUUCGCUCUAAUUCGGAAUUAGAAAAGGAUUAUGAUGAGUUUAUGCGCGAAUAUGAAACGCUCGGUCACAUGCGUCGGGCGCCAUCAGCGGAUCGAAUGCACGAUCCAUGCGUAUAUAUUCCGCAUCAUCCGGUUAUUCGUGAAACCAGCCUCACGACUCGUUUGCGCGUUGUUUUCAACGCGUCAAGCUUGACGUCGAACGGUACGUCAUCAAACGAUCACUUACUCGCCGGUCCAAAACUACAGACGGAUUUACCCGCAAUUAUUCUACAGUGGCGUCAGUUCAAGUUCGUGUACACAGCCGAUAUUGCAAAAAUGUACCGCCAGAUUUUGAUAGAUCCUCAGGAUCUCGAUUAUCAGAGAAUUUUGUGGAAGGGUGACCCAUCCGAGGGCCCCGUCGAUUAUCAAUUACUUACCGUCACAUACGGAAUGAACUGCGCUCCGUAUCUCGCGCUUCGCACGAUACAAUGUUUGGCCGACGACGAAGGACAUCGGUUUCCGCGUGCGGUGACAAUUCUUCGCAAGCAGACUUACGUCGAUGACGUGCUAUUCGGUGGAGAUGAUAUCGCGCUCGUGCGCGAGUCUCGCGAUCAACUCGUCGCCUUAUUGCGCUGCGGAAAAUUUGAGCUUCGAAAAUGGGCGAGCAACUCGCCGAUUUUGCUCGCUGAUAUCGAUUCGUCAGAUCACGGCUUAGUAAUCACCAAACAAAUCGCGAUCGACGAUCAACUAAAGGUGCUCGGCAUCGCUUGGAAUCCGUCGCGCGACGUAUUUCAAUUUAAAGUGUCACUCGGAAGUUUGACUCUUCAGAGCAAACGCGCCAUUCUCUCUGCGAUUGCAAGGCUUUACGAUCCAUUGGGGUGGGUAACUCCCGUCACUGUUUCUGCAAAAAUUAUCAUGCAACAGUUAUGGGGAGUUCAAAUUGAGUGGGACGAUCGAAUUCCUGACUCGCUUCUCUAUAAACGGAGCAUGAUCUAUGCGAAACUCUCGCAUCUCAAUGAUCUUCAGAUCAGUCGUUGGACCGGAGUCACGGCUGACGCAUCACAUGCGGAAUUACACGGCUUCGCCGACGCCUCCACACUCGCGUACGCCGCCGCGGUUUAUCUCAAAGUGACAUCCGCUACCGGUCAAGUCACGAUUUCCCUGCUAGCGGGAAAAUCAAAGAUAGCGCCGAUUUCUCCCCUCACCGUUCCUCGUCUCGAAUUAUCAGCUGCUCUGCUUCUUGCGCGUCUUAUCAACGUCGUUCGAAAUUCUCUCUCUAUCAAAUCCAUUCCAGUUACGUGCUGGACAGAUUCUACAAUUGUUCUCGCGUGGUUACGCUCUCAUCCAUCUCGAUGGAAAGUUUUCGUUGAAAACAGAGUGCACGAAAUUCAGUCUAACUUACCGGAUGCUGAUUGGCGUUACGUGCCUACUCAAGACAAUCCCGCGGAUUGCGCGUCGCGUGGAUUGUACGGCGAUGAGCUGCUUGCUCACUUCCUUUGGUGGCACGGGCCAUCCUGGCUAGAAAAAAACAAAAGAGGAGUGGCCCGAAGAACCUCCGUUUAA